CAGUAAUUUUUCCCGCUCAAAGCUACAGUAAAAAAGAAUGGUCGAUACGAGGGAGAGCGUACUGGAGAAGCUAGCGUACUGGAGAAGCUUAGCCAUUGUUUUGACUAGGGUUUUCUUAUACUCCGUAUUUUCUUCUUCGCUCCUCCUUAUUCUCUCUCUCUCUGGCUCACUACGUCUGGGUUUAGGGUUUCGAUCGUAACGACAUCUGCAGUGAUUGGAUCUUAGGAGGAAGGCGGUUCAUCGUCACCAUCUCCCCGUUAAGCCAGUACAUAGAUCCGAGGAGAAGAUUUAGUUAGCUGCUUUGGAAGAUUUCAAUAAUUGAAAUUAAUUUUGUGAGUAAUUCUCCUGUAGAAGAAUCUCUGCCACUUCCAAGGUAAGGUCAGUGGGUUCAUUGCUUCGGAGGUGAUAAAGUUUCAUCAAUUUGCGGUUGAAUUUUGUGCAUUAAUUUUAAUAAGUUUUACUUAUUAAACCUAUUAUAAAUCCUCUAAGAACUCCAACACAAGAGACCAGUGAAGAAGAUGAAGUCCUAGACCUCAAUGAAGAACCUCAGGUGCGCUUCUGUUAUUUCUUUGCUUUAAUGCCAAAUCCUAAUGCUUCUGAAAAAUUGUUAUUGCCUCAAUCCAGGAAUUAAGGAGGCUCAACCCCAUGUUUGGCAAACUUAAAUGGGACUGUUUUAGGUAUAUACAUAAUCAUUUUAUUUGACAUUCAUCUUUGUACAUGGUGUAAAAUUUUGUAAAAUAUUUGUUGGCAUCAUGGAGCUUUGAAAUAAUUUCUCUUCACUUUUUUGGUCAAAAGAAGAGAUAGGAGAUUGCAAGUUUUGUAAGUAUAGUCCAUAUUUUUUCUUUAAGUUUAUGUGAAGCACUAUUUAUGACUAACUAUUCUAGGAUGCAGUGAUGAACAAAGAAAACAAUUGUAGACGGUGAUGCAGGGACAGAUAAAACAUAAAGACGGUUGGCCUACAGCUGAUGAAGUUAGAGUGCAAAACCAUGAUAUUGGCUGCUACAUGUCUACAUAGUUGUAUGAACAAAGUAGAAAAAAGUCGAGGAGCUAAAUUCCUUUUUUAAGAAUUUGCUUUACAAUCCAAGAUGUUACCUUUAGAGCAUAAUUGUAACUGCAUAAGAAAUCAUUUGGAAACUCAAAGCGGACUUCAUUGGUCAUGCACUGGCAGCACUGCCUUAAUAAAGGUUGAUGAAUUGGUCAAGCAAACAAAGUUCCCCGGUGCGACAGAUGCAUUCAAAAUAUUUGGGGAAACUCAAAAGGUGCUAUUCCAUUAUGAAAAACACAGUUUUUUUGACAAGAAACUUUUAGCUGUUAAAAAGCCACACUCUAGGGGACAAUACAGUUCUGCUUUCCCUCAGCAACCUACAUUUUUGACAGUCUGUUGAUAUUGAUGGUUUAAAUAUCAGUAUUUUAUAGAAAUGAAAGGCAAAGUCUUGCCGUGCCAAUAGUGGAAAACUAAUUCAUUGCACAUGAGAUAAACACUCCAAGGCAGAAACAAAAUGACACAAAUGUCCCUCAUUGCAAUGCCAAGUUAAAUCCUCAAACGAUUCCUGUGAACCUUACAACGAAGGUUAUACCCGGGGAAGGCAAGAGGAGGGUUAGUGCAGAAAUCAAGAAAUAAGAAAGCCACAAGUGGUCAAAAAGGCGUGAAGCAAAUGUGCACCAAAGGUAACAAGAAAGAAGAAAGCCUCAUGUGGCGUGCAAACUACCUUUGGUUGCUUACUGUCAUAGAGUUUUUUGGGACAUGUACCGCUAUGACUUGGUCAUUUUUAUUUUAACACAUAUUAGUAAGAGGUUUGGUUUCUUUCUUCAUUACUCUGUUAAGGGGGGAUACAUCAGUUUUGUUGCUAAGAAAUCUAUAAGGACCUGGAAACAGAUUAUUUUCUUCAAACAAAAAUAGGUUUCAAAU